GCGGCGUCGGCAUUGCAUCGGGACGCCGCAGUCUCCGUUCAGCCGGCGUCGCGACGCGAUGUUGUCGGGGCUAAAGUUUCAAUGAAUAGAGUAAUACGGGAAGUGACGAGAGUUUCUAUAGUAAUUUGACAUAAUUAAAAUGAUGUCACGAGCCAUGAAAUGGAGGCCGAUAAAGGACAAAGUCUAAAAUGAAUCCUACAAAAUUUGAAAGGAGAAGGGGAUGCGUUCGACCUCCACAUUUCGAUAUAUUAUGGCUACCGAAGGCGGCAAUCCGUACGGUAGAGGGCGAUCCGUCAGACUGUAUCCUCGUCGUGGGGGUAACUCGGCCGAGAAUGGCUCUAACCGUCCUUAUCGUGAUGCUUCUCUCCAUGUUCCUCACCUUUCACAUCAUCUACGAUAGCGCUCUUAAUACUUUGCACAAAAGUAACCACCAUGUGGAUAGCACUAGACCACCUCUCUUUCUUCUUAGUAGAAAACUCUACCCUGUUGCUGUUAAAAGACUUCCUCAGGCAAUAAUAAUGGGCGUUCGAAAAUGCGGAACCCGAGCACUACUAGAGAUGCUCUAUCUACACCCUAAAGUUCAAAAAGCGGCAGGAGAGGUCCAUUUUUUUGACAGAGAUGAAAACUACAAUAAGGGCCUCGAUUGGUAUAGGAUGCAAAUGCCACAUUCGUACUACGGACAGAUUACUAUAGAGAAAAGUCCCAGCUAUUUUGUAACACCUGAGGUUCCAGAAAGGAUAAGAGCAAUGAACUCCAGCAUAAAACUCCUUCUUAUAGUACGAGAGCCAGUCACGAGGGCAAUAUCAGAUUAUACUCAAUUACGCGCUAACGCUGCCACCUCGCCUCCUACAGCUCUACCCACAGCUACACCAAAAUCUUUCGAGCAACUAGUUUUACAUUCCAAUGGAUCGGUUAAUGAAGGGUAUCGACCUUUAGCCAUUUCUGCUUAUCAUCAUUAUUUGCAUCGAUGGUUAGAGGUUUUUCCACGAGAACAACUACUGGUAGUCAACGGCGAUAUGCUUAUAGAAGAUCCAGUUCCUCAGCUGCAAAAAAUCGAACGUUUUCUCGGCCUGGAACCCAAGAUAGGAAGUCAUAAUUUUUAUUUUAACGAAACCAAAGGGUUCUUCUGCUUAAGGAACGAAACUUCGGAUAGGUGCUUAAGAGAAACUAAGGGUAGGAGACACCCAAGGGUGGAUCCCCACGUCGUUUCUAAAUUACGAAGUUAUUUCGGGGAACACAAUCAAAAGUUUUACGAUUUGAUUGGGGAGGAUUUAGGAUGGCCGGAAGAUUAGUUGAUUUUUUAUUGUUUUGCUUGUAAGGCGGUUGAUUUUUUUCUUGGCUAAAUUUAAAAUUAAGGCACUUACACGUCAAAUAAAAUUAAUAACUUUUUAUAGCAAUUGAUGCUUAAUAUGGUGUUCAAAUAGGUUUUUAUUAGGUUCUUAAAAGCUAUUUUUAAUUAAUAUGAAGGUAUAGUGAUGCAGUCUUAAAUCAACAAUUAGUUCAAAUCAAACCAAAAAAUCAUCCAACUAAUAUGAAACUUAAACCGAUUUUCAGCGUAGAAUUGGUAAAAACCGUGGUUACUCUUUUGGUUGAAAACUUUAACAGGUAAGUGUGAUCUAUUGUUUCCUCACCACUUAAAAAUUAGCAUCUAAAAAACAGUCGGGGAAAUGAAUUGGUUAUUAGAAAUUAAAGAGUUUAUGUUUUUGUAUUUUCUUUUCUGUUUGAUUAAAAAAUUAAGUCAAAUUUUUUGAUCCUCCAGAGUUGAGCCACUCUUUUCUCCCAAAUAAAUUAUUUUGCUUUUAUUGGAUCUGAAAUAAAUAAUGGCCAUGUAAAUUUGCAUGGGUGAAGCCAUAAACGCCUAUAAUUGCCAAAAUUAUUUUUAAAUUCUCUCUUUAAUUUAGCUUUUUUUUACUAAGUAACAUACCUUCAAUAACACGUUACUACUUGAAAAGAAAUAACUGAAAAGAAUAUAAAAAAAUUUCUAACAUAGGGGCAAUUAGCCAAAUUGCUUGCCAUUUCCAGGUCCUCAACCUUAACUUCACUUCUCUAAAAUUAACGGGACGUCACGUUUUACCCUAUUUUGGUUAAAACCAGAAUCGCAGAAACGCAUUGGUAAAUACCAACUAAGAAUGAUUCCACGCUGAAAAUUUAAGUAUUGUAUUUAAUUAAAACAAUUGCCUAUAUUCUUAGUCCUCCCGUGAAAAUAAAGUUGCACUUUGUGAAUCCAUCCUAUAACAUUUGGAUGCUGAGUUUACAUAUUUAUACCUCGGUUACUUGGUAAUUGAGUUGUUUUGAUGAACAGAAGUUGUAAGUUUUUUCUUAUAGUAAGGCCCGAGAUAAUAAAGGCUUGAGAGAUUUUUUGGCUGGAAUUAUAUUGUUCUUUGUUUUUAGAACUAUAGUUUUCACCAAUUCAAAUAAAUAGAAGGAUGAUGUACCGAAUAUACCUAAUAUCUGCAAUAAGUACAAUAACGUUCAACUCAUAAAUUCUUACAAAUAUGUUUUUUGCUCUUAUGUGUUACGGCCUCAGCAAUAUCCUAGAAUGCAAUAUUAAAAAUUUCUCUAUCUUAUGCAACAGCGUUAUCAGCAUGACGGCUGUCAUUAUUAUCUUAAUUAGUUUUUAUAGAGUCAUUGAUGAUACAAAGGAAAAAAGCAGGUAUCAUUGAGGAUAAAUAAUAAAUUCUUAUACUUGAACUUCAGACUUCAUCAGAUCUAAGUUCAUCUAGCAGCUACUAGGCAUAGUGUUUAUAUUAUUUUCAAACUGCAAAAUUUGAUAAGUAUUCUUUCUAAGGAAAAUUAGACAUGAGAUACUAAUAAUGAGUGGGAAGAAAUUUCAGCCUAGAGUUAUCGAAGAUUAGCAAGGACAAAUUACAAAUUUGUUUUGGCCAAUAAUAAGGAGGGCCUCGUACUCUAUUGCGAAAGUGGCUCUUAAUUCUCUAUUUCAUAUUUAAGUAGCUGCUUCUCCAGUUAUCUACAUAGGAAUGACUUAACUUUAGAAGUAACUGCCUACUUUCUACGGCCAAAGUAUUGCAUGAAGUUUAUAAAAGACAACUGCAUAUUAUAUUCUUGGAAAAAAAUAUUAUCCCAAAGAAGAAUUUUUGUGAACUUGGCGAAUCCAGAUGAAUUCAUUAGGGCUAAAUAUUCAAGUUUAGUUCACAAGCGUAAUCCUUUAUAUUGUAUCUGUCAUACCUUAAUUACUUGGCAAUUUUUCAAUCUGGAUCAUCACAAACUUAUUCUUGUAGUAUUCAGGCUAGGUAAAUCGAUGGUAAACGGAAUUGGUUAAGAAAACCAUUGUUCUAAAUACAAAAAAAUGAACAGAUUAGAAAUGAGAAUAACCUACUAUUUAGAAAAUCAUAUAGCUAGAAAAGUCGUUCAAAUUCGCACAUAUUUUGAAGCCAGCGUUACGUUCAUUAUUUUUGUUUUUAUCUCUCCAUAUUUUCUUCAAAUUGGGUAGUGCUGCAUUUACUGGUACAAUAACAUGUAUCUCAAAAGCCCUUACAAGUAUCUUAUUCACUUCUUUACCGCAUUAUUUAGACUGAUCAGGAAAGUGAGGAGUUUAAGAAAGCACCUCAGGCUGAAGAGAUCGUUGACUUCUGUGCGUAAUAUGUCACUAUAUCUGCAUUUUCCUUAUUUUUUUAUAGUCUUGUAGAUAUAUUUUGAACUUGAACUAGCGUAACUAUUGGUCCAACAGAAAAACACUUUUUUCCCUCAAUAUUGGUAUAGUGAAGGAUCAUGCCAUAUUUGGUUAUGAAGACAAGAAAACUAAACAUAUUUCUGAAUUUAAAUAUUUGUCAUAAUCUUCACAUCUAAAAAAUCAAUAACUACCAGACAACUUCACGUCACAGAAAUCAGUUUUAAAUAUUAAUAAAAAAAACUUUUAUACUGGCUUGUAACUGUGUGAACUCUUGUUCCUAGCCUCUAUCUUUCCACUCUUUUUCAGAACAGGAUUCCAAUAUGGUAGACCUGAUGCCUUAUCUUUGCCAAGCACUGUGUAAUUGCUGCUCUUACUAUUUCCUCCAUAAGUCUUCUAAGAUCAUCUUCAGUUAUGUAAAGAGCCAGGUUCACCUGAUGCUGUUGUAAUGUUGUAUUAUCAUCUUUAAACUGGAAAAAUUAAUAGUGGUUUAUUUUUGUGGAACACUGGACAUGAGAUAUUAAAAAUGAUCUGAAAAAGGAGGAACCUUUGGGUUAUGUGCCUAGAUCAGAAGAAUAGUAGAGACAUUGUUGAGAUUAAAUAUUUCAAAAAUUUUUUUGGCAAGAAUGAGGCUUCUUGCCUUCAAUUAUGAGAUACUAAAAGCAUAGGACAAUAUUUUUUAACAAAACUUUGGUUUCCUAUUUGUCUUGUUAUGAAAUGAAAAGGUAUUAAGAGUUUAAAUUAAAUAUUGUACAAAAAAAAAUGAUAAUCUCAGAUCUCGUAUUAAAUGACAACACUCAUAAUUUUUUUCUUUAAAUUAAAACAAAAAUUAUUUUUGCCUUCAUAUAACUAAACUAAAUAGAAUCAAAGAAUUCUCAUUUAAAUAAAGUAAGUCUUUAAAUUUAGCCAAGAAAAUCAACUAAAUACAAUAUUUAAAAAAAAAAAAUUAGUUGCUCAAUUCGUUUACAGUUUAACCCAAACCAUCACAGCUAUAAUUUAAUUAAAAUUUCUUCGUUGCCAUAAUUUGUAAUUGAAAAUUAUUGUAAAGGGUGUUUUUUUAGAGGCGGAGAACUUUAAAUUGAAAUUAAACACAAAAUAUUUUAUUGAUAUGAACAAAUUUGCUUUUAUAUUAAAGAAUUUUUUUUGGCAUUAAUAUUUAAAAAUGAUUUCGGGCAUGUGACCCCCACGGCUGGCGCGUACGUGGCGUAAUCUAAAGGUUCAAUUUUCACACACUCUUUCCAGUACUGCAGGCUGUAUUUCGGCAAUCACGCGUCGUAUGUUGGCUUCCAAGUGCUCAAGCGUUUCGGGUUUAUCAGCGUAGAUAUGCGACUUAAUAUAACCCCAAAGAAAAUAUUCUAAUGGCGUCAAGUCGCACGAACGAGCUGGCCAGUUUACAGGUCCAUUGCUUGAAAUUAUUCGUUGCUUGAAUGUUUCUUCCAGUAAAUUAAUUGUUUGGCGCGCUGUAUGGCACGUGGCACCGUCCUGCUGAAACCACAUUUCUGCAACGCCUGCAACGGCUUCCAAUUGAGGCACAAAAAAGUUGGUUAUCAUGUUUCUGUAUCGCUCACCGUUUACUGUAACGUUCUGACGAUCAGCAUUUCUGAAGACAUAAGGAUCAAUGAUUCCACCGGCCCAUAAAGCGCACCAAACGGUUAGUUUUUCUGGAUGUAACGGUUUUUCGCCAAUAGCUCGUGGAUUCUCAUCCCCCCAAAUUCGGCAAUUCUGCUUGUUUACAUAGCCAUUUAACCAAAAGUGUGCUUCAUCACUAAACAAAAUAUUCAUAUGAAAUCGUGGAUUAACAGCAAUCUUUCCUUUCGCCCAUUCAGCUAAUGUACGGCGCAAAAGAUGAUCCUGGGGUUUCAACUCCUGGACAAGUUGAAUUUUAUAUGCUCGCAAUCCGAGAUCUUAGCGCAAACUUUUCCCUAAAGUGGAUAGACAUAAGUUCACUUGUUGAGAACGACGACGAAUUGACACAUUUGGAUCAUUAUCAACACUAUGCUGCACAGCAGCUAUCGCUUGUUGCGUGCGCACUGUACGGCGUCUUACGGCAUGCGUAUUGUCGACUAGAGUAAAAGUAUUGCGAAAAUGAUCAACAGUUUCUUGAAUUAAUCUCUCUGAAGGACGAUUAUGAGCACCAUAAAACUCACGUAAUGCCCGAUGUGUUUCUCGAAUAGAACCAUGUUUUUCAAAAUAAAUUUGAACAAUUUGGAAACGUUGCUCCAGCGUGAGUCUGUUCAUGAUGAAUUGCCAAACCAAACUAAUUUAAAAAUAACCCAGAAUUAUCAGGUCGGCUAUCAUAAAAAACAGUGUUGCCAAAUGAAAGUUCUCCGCCUCUAAAAAAAACAUCUUAUAUAAAUGGUUUAAUAGAAAUAAAUAUUGACAUUUUUGGGUGCGGGCUAUGUUUUCUAUAAAAAUUAAUAUUUGAAAUUAGCCAAACCAUUUAGAAUAAACACUGCUUUUUAGAUAAAGAGACGAUUUACCUGACAAGAAGUAACUAAACAUAUCAAUGUUCUUAUAGUAACAUAAACAUAUCAUGAAUGCCAUUUAUUAUUUACAUAUUAUACAUAAAGAUUUAGUGUUUACUGUUUAAGAUGUUAUGUAUAAGAUUUGUUUUAGAGAAUAUGUUUACAUGUAAGUAAAGAGUGGUUAGAGAAAUUUAAAAAAUGAUAUAGAGGAACAUUUAUAAUAUACAUAAGAGUUAGCAAAAUAUAUUAUAUAUUUUGAAUUACUCUUGCUUCAAAUUUAUAAAAUUUAAUUAAAAAUAAUUUAAUGGAUUAUUGUUGGCCCGA